AUGUGCACCGGAAGUGGUGCUGAAUCUCGAGGAGGGGUUAUAAGUAGCGAUGACUGGAUUUCCAAGGCCGACGACGACCAACAGAAUCCGCUGCUGGUGCAGGGAGUUCCUAAUAAUGCAGCCGCAGGUUCUGCUGCUGCGGCUGCGGCAGAGUCAGCAGCAGCGAUGAGAGCAAGAGGCGGACAGGCCAAGUUAUUCGUCGAUGGGCUUCUCCGCCGGCUUCCCAUUAACGGCCAACUCGCCACGCUCCCAUUGCAAGAGGUUGGAGAAGAGGUAGUCUCGUUAGGAAGGAUCGCUUGCCCCAUCAUCCUCACAACCCUACUCAUCCACUCGAGAUCCAUCGUGUCCACUCUCUUCCUGAGCCAUUUAGGCGACGUGGAGCUGGCCGGUGGGUCACUGGCACUGGGCUUCUACAACAUCACCGGAGUCUCCGUCAUGAAGGGCCUCUCCGCCGGGAUGGACCCAAUAUGUGGGCAGGCCUUCGGAGCCAAGAGAUGGGCCGUCCUCAGCCAGACCUACCAGAAGAUGCUCUGCCUCCUCCUCCUCGCUUCCACGCUCCUCAUCUGCCUCCUCUGGCUCAACCUGGAGCCCAUCUUCCUCCGGUUCGGCCAGGACCCGGACAUUGUCAAGUUCGCCAAAGUCUACAUCAUCUACUGCAUCCCGGAGCUCAUCGGUCAGGCCGUCCUCCACCCCAUGAGAUCCUUCCUCCGGACUCAAGGACUCACCACCCCGCCGACCAUCGCCGCAAUCAUCGCAGCCAUCUUCCACGCGCCCAUCAACUACCUUCUGGUGAUACAGCUCAACCUCGGGGCUAAAGGUGUGGCCCUGUCACUAGCCUUCAGCACCAUGAACAUGAACAUAGGGCUGCUCAUCUACGUGGCCAUGUCGUCCACGUCGAUCAAGCCGUGGCGCGGGCUCACUUUCGUCUCCAUGUUCCAAGGCUGGUGGCCGUUGCUGUCGCUGGCUCUGCCUUCGGUGAUUUCGGUUUGUUUGGAGUGGUGGUGGUACGAGAUCAUGUUGUUCCUGUGUGGUUUGUUGGCCGACCCGAAAGCCAGCGUGUCAGCCACGGGGAUUCUGAUUCAGACCACGGGGUUGCUCUACGUGUUCCCGUUCUCGCUGAGCUGUGGGCUGAACACGCGCGUGAGCCACGCUCUCGGUGCGGGGCAGCCGACGAGGGCGCAGUGGACGAGCGUGAUCGGGAUCAGCCUGGCGUUCGGGUACGCGAUCCUGGCCUGUGUGUUCACCAAUUUCUUGGGGGAAGCGUGGGGGAAGCUCUACACGCAGGAUCCGGACGUUGUGAAGCUGAUAUCCAUUGGGCUUCCGAUUGUGGGCCUGUGCGAGCUGGGGAACGCGCCUCAGACGGCUGCGUGCGGGGUUUUGAGUGGGACGGCCCGGCCCAAGGAAGGGGCCAGGAUCAACUUGUUUGCGUUUUAUUUGGUUGGGUUCCCGGUUGCCAUCUUGUUGACUUUCCAGUUGAAGAUGGGAUAUCGUGGGCUGUGGCUUGGGCUUUUCUCGGCCCAAGUCGCGUGUGUGUCCAUGAUGCUGUAUACCUUGUUGAAGACGGAUUGGAAACACCAGGCGAAGAGGGCGGAGGAGUUGACUGCUGCUGUGGGAGAAAGGGAUGAUUUGGAAGACGGCUUGAUCAACGACAGUAACGACGAGCGAUGA